GAGCCCGGCGUCAGGUUCCCCGAGGCGUUUCCACGUGGCAGCGCCGUACAGAGCUUGGGGUUGCGCCCACCAGACCCGGGCUCCACGCGGCGCUUUCGCCUUUAAAGUGUCGCAAUAGCCCUGGGGCCGUUGCUAUGCUGCGGAGGCGCCCUGGUGACUAAUGGACUCUUCCACUUGCCGUCCUUCACGGGAAUCCGUGGCUGAGGCUGAGCGGAGGGCUGGCGUGCGCGGGAGGAGACUGAAUUGUAACGGUUGUGUGUUAAAUGAGAGAGGUGGGGUUUAUUGAUGACUUUCCAAAAGUUUAAAUCGUUGAUUUUUGUCCCCCUGCUUUUUACCACAGCUGUCGCCUUCCUGGCCACUUGCAGCCGUGUCGGGGUUCAGCUUGCUGGCCGAGUGCCAGCCGGCUGUAGUUCUGUUCUGCCAUGCUGGCUCCUGGGCGUGUGUCCUGUGCCCACUGCUGGCUCCCUGAGCACUCCGACAGGAGCUGUGAGCGCUGGCCCUCAGCCCGGCGGGCCAAGCCCCCAGUGUCCAGUGCUGAUUUUCAAGGAGUUUGGCUCUCUUGGAAGCUCCUGGCCUAAUGCCAUGAAUAUUGAGGUGAACAAUGGGGAGGAGAAAGCUGUCCAUUCGUGGUCCAGACUCUCCUCUGCAGGACAGAAAGCCCUGGAGGAAGCUCUCAGAGUCUUCAACCCCAUGUCCAAGGACCUUUCGGACACUGAAACCCAGCUGGUGGCCUUUCUCCAAGGCCUCCGGGAGGAAGGCUACCAGCCCACAAUCCUAAGGAGCAAGGAUGUGUAUGGGUACAGCUCUUGCACGGCAGAUACGCCCAGCCAGGCCCGCGAGGGGGCGGCUGCCUCGCACUGUACUCGCACUCUCGGGAGGCCCAGCAGUGACCCCCGAGUUGCCUGGGACCCUGUCCCCGCCAAGCCUGGGCCUAAAGGGAGCGCCACAAACCUGCUGCUGAACUCGCUGAAAGAGACGAGGACAGGCCCCUCCAAGGCCUCCGCCAUGGGCUUCCCCACCACCAUGUACCCGGACGUGUAUCCAGCCAUGCGCCUCUCUGUCGUCCUGGAGGCCUUGGUCCCGCUGAAAGCCCCAGCGUCCUGCUUGGAGCCCAGACGCAGAGCGGGGCGCCUGGGCCUCGCCUCCUCGGACCUUAAGCUCCUGAAGGCAUCUCCUUUGGGCAAGAACGCCAGGCUCCCCUCGGGGCCCCUGGAGCCCAGCCCAUGGGCUGGCGGGGCGGAGCCAGUGGAAGGGCGGCAGCGGUGGGCAGAAGAGGAAGAUUCCCGGGCCAUCAAGGUGGCCGGCUCUUCAGACGAGGAAGUGAGGAGGCGGGCGCAGCAGAUCCUUAGGGUCAACCUGUCCCCUGUGAUCAGAAUCCAGCCACUGCCCCGCUCUCCCAACGUCCCCUGAGUGCCUCUUGCCAGCCACUUGCUUUGAAUAUGCCUGUGGGCGCCGGAGCCGGAGCCGGAGCCAGGCUGUGGAGACGUGUGCGAGCAGCUCGUGGCCUCUAGCACAGGGCAGCGUGCAGCGGCCGGGC